AAAUUAUAAAAGCCUUCAACAAACAGCAGUCCGUUCUCAUCCUGUCAAGUUCGCAAGAGCAUUCAUAUUUAAAGCCGUGGGCCAUCAUCUUUGGCCCUUGGAAAAUUAUAUCUACCAAUACUACCAACGAGGGAAUAAGAUCUGGGUACAUUCAUUUCGACUCUUAGCAAAAUGACACGCCUCCCUGUUCUCCCAUCCGCUCCCCGUGUCUCCCAGGAGACAUCGCGAAUAUUUCACCUCCCGCCACGAAAAGAGAAGCGGGCAAAAGCUUCUACUAUUUUUGGCACUAGCGCCUGGAAUCUGACAUCUAGCGUUCCUUUCCGCUGGACAAAACACCACAAUGAUAUUUUCACAGACUGGAUCCGCCUGAAAGGCCCCAGUGCCGCCGCAACAGCCGACCUGGUGCCUCUUCUACGAGAACUUGAACUUGACGGCUACGAGGACAUCAAUAAUUUUCGAGGCGAGUGCGUCCAUGACCUGAUUAUUGUCAAAGUCCGCCGGGAGAUCGCAAAUAUGAAGGGUUCGAUUCCAAUCAUGACCAAAGCGGCAGAGGAGAAGAAUGUUGGGGUUGAGGUGACUACGUCGAGAAUAGGGCUGAAAGAAGCAGCAGCCAGAAAGACGUGUGAUAUAAAGUCUACACUGCCUGCUGAGACUGAAUUCAUUACUCAAUCUAGGGAGCGGACAAAGACGUCUGAGCCGAGAUCUUUCACGCAGGGGGUGCAUUACACCACGCUCCCGAUACGACCUGCUGGUCAAAUGUAUCAUGUUACCAAGGCUGUUCCGGGAGAUCAUCAUCAUCCACUACCACCACCUUGUCGUUCAAGCCCAGAUAACAAGCCCCAAGCAAAAAUUGAAACGUCAAGCCGUGCAACAUCCGUUAACCUAGACAAUACUUCCCGGAACUCUCAUUCUGGCAAUCAUCCAUCAAAACUCGACGCGACACAUCAGCCUCCUGAAGAAUUAUCCCUCCAUCUUCGUCGUCAUAACCCACGGCGCAUCACAAGUCUAAGCCAAGAUCUCUCUGCCCCUGUCGAGAAAGCGAAAAAUGCUAUGGCGGAACUGUCGGCGGUAGUCAACAGUCUACCACCUGACACUGACAGCGCAGCGCUGGAGACCGCGCUGCACGAUGCUAGACUGGAAAUUGCCCAUGUGGGUAAACUGAUUGACGAAUAUCUUAAGCGACGGGAGUGAAGGGGUUGGGGGGGAAAGGAGAAG